ACCUGGUAACAGGACAGAGUUAAACAGAGGACAAGAAUUUUUUUGCGUGUGAUUCACAACUUGGAAACUCUGAAGUCUUGCAUUAAGAAAGUGAGUUGCAACCUGUGGUUUUAACUGUUCACUGGCUGUCCCACAUCCUCGGAGACCCAGGGGUAGUUAGUCGGGUCGAUAAAAUGUUCGUGGUGAAAGUUUACUGUAAGAUCGAUCUUACAGUAAAUUUUCACCACGAACAUUUUAUCGACCCGACUAACUGCCCCUGGGUCUCCGAGGAUGGCUGUCUCACAGACCGGUCAAUAGAUCCUUCGACAGGUUUUUAUGUUCUACUUUAUUUUAUUUCAUUUCCCCCUUUUUUUCUAGAAACGAAAUUAGAAAAAUUCAACAAAAGGUCCUCUGCUACUAGAAAAGGAAUCUACAAUUAUUAAUUAAAAUCAAUCGAGUUUGAGAAUAUGAUAUGGUAAAAUAUUGAUAUCCAUCUAAUUAGAACAUAAAAACAAAAAUCUCGGCUUAUGAAAAAGUAACUUUUAAUUGUACACAGCAAUAUUAUAUAAUUUAUGGUUUUCUAUCCUUUUUUUACCUAACAACAAGACCGCUGACAGCAAUGUUUUUUCAUUGGUUCAUUAAAGGAGCUGAGUAACGAAAUUUAUCAAAAUUCAAACAGUAGAAUCUGUCACCAAACUGUGUGAAACAAAAAUAAUCGUUCAAAACGUUAAAAGAAGCCGUAUAAAUAACACACGAGACACAAAGGAGGCGCAGAUGGACAAACUUGAAAAAGAAUGAAACGGGUUGCAAUCGUGGUUUUUGAAAACUUGCUAGCGUACCAGUUUUUCAGGGUAAUUUAUAGGUUUUUGCAUUGGUCAGAUCGCACCCUAAUCUCGGUGUUCUCUGGAACAAAGCCACAGAUUUUCGGGGUGUUGCGGGCAACUGCCGAUUGGCCAGCCCUACUGAUUUUAUCAGGGGCAUCUCGCCCAGGAAACUGGACUCCCUUUGACUCGAUUUAGUUUUCGUAAGUGAUGAACGCGGAUCCGUAAUAAUGAUUACUUCAUUACUUCUAGCACAGGUAGCCCAAGCUCGAAAUAUGAUCAUCGGCAUUAUUACGUAACACUCGAAAUACAGCGGAAAUAUAAGGAUUUAUAUAGGAAAAAAACCUAUCGUUUCUGUAACCUACAAAAAUGAAAGGAUUUCAAUAAAAACAGCUUACCUUACUUAAAAUGUGUGUUACGUCUCUUGUGUGGUCCACGGGUCGAUUUAUGGACGCCGUUUUAUGGGUUGCAGUGUAAAUCGGCCCGUGGACCACACAGGAGAGACGUGACACACAUUUUAAGUAAGGGAAACUGUUUUUUUAAUCGAAAUCCUUUCAUUUUCGUAGGUUACAGGAACGAUAGGCUUUUUCCCUGUACAAAUUCCUAUAUGUCCGCCGUAUUUCGAAUGUUACGCAACAAUGCCGAUGCUCAUAUUUCAAGCUUAGACUACCUGUGCUUCUAGUAUGAGCAUUAUAAUGGUUUGUAACGUUUGAUAGGCCUGGGAGACAUAUUGUUGGAUACGAAGCUGUGGUUUUGUCAUUCACAUUUAAGCAUUUCUCACUCUUUCGAUACCGAAUAAGGACGCGGAACUCAGACAGCUGUGACAAUCAGCCUCUUUAAUCUCUGGGGUGACGUAAUUUGUCGGUCCGUCUGGUUGAGUGCGUAAAUUGGUACUUGAGAAAACAUAUUACAGUUAUCCUGAUAAAAAGUAGAAAAGUGCUUUGAACAUUUUAUCACGUCUUGUUUGAAAUAACUAAGUAUAGACAAUUGGAAAAUUGUGGUCGACUUGCAUGUCCACUCUACACGUAGAUGUGUACCUGCCUUGCCGUACAAGCUUACAAAUCUCGGUAGUAAAACGCGCUAUGUUUUAUAACAGUUCUAGUAAUAGCGAUGAGGCUUUCUAAAAAUGUAGCGGAACAAACCGUCGACAAAACGAGAGGAAUGAGCACAUAUUUGCUGGCAAACGCAAGAAAUGUAGCCUGCGAAAAUAUCCGUUUCUCCUCGCUUUUCGCCGCCGGGGACGUUUCGCGAGGAGGAACGUCUGCGACUCAGCGGCAGAAAUUCCAUACUGGUGACGCAAACCAAUGUUUACAUAAAAAAUCCAGUAGUCAUGGGGUUCCAAAUACAAAUUGUCCAAUUUUACGUGUCUUCUGGUUGAUUUUGGUAAAUUGGUGUGUUCAACUGCCAACGAGCUCCAGCAAAACUCAAAUGCUUCUUCAAGAGAAGACUAUAUCCCACAAGUAUUGACCGUUUUGUUAGAGAUUCUUCGCGUUUACAUUUGACCUUUGUGGCCUUUUGUCUUUUGUCUGUCAUUCGUAAACAAAAGCUUACACAAUGUAACUACUCCGUCGACCAAUCAGCGCUUCUGACCAGAUUCCGGACACAUUUUACGUCAUCAGUAUGGAAUUUCUGUCGUUGAGUCGCAGACGUUUCUCCGCGCAAAAUGUCCCCAUUGGCGAAGAGCGAGGAGAAACGGAUGUUUUCGCAGGCUACAAGAAAUGAUGUGACGUAAUUUUAAAAAUUUCCAAAUCAAAAUAGAAUGCUCACUUUUCUCCUUUUCAGUUUUAAAAUAUGCUACAACAUCUUCACAUUUAUCUUCCAAAUUUCGUUUAGAGCCCGCACUCACUUUUAAAAGCUGUUUGGUGGUGCUCGUGAGAUCGCAGAGGUACGUGAACGGUCGAGUUUUUCAUGCUCUUUUCCUUGACUUGAUAUCUGCCGCGGCUACCCUAAAUUUAGAAAUGUUGUGCCAUACAGUCAAUUUUAAGGCGGGUAAAUAAUCGCUAUCAAGUGAAUGAGUUUUUAAAAGGGUAGUGUAAUGAGUCCGUAUUUUCUACUUCGGAGGAAAAUAGAAGAAAAACAAUUGAAAUAAUCAGUUACCCAAUUUUGACUAAGCAGUUCUAAUAUUUAGCCUGAAAAAUGUGUAUUCAAGCUUGAAUUGUCAGCUUCAAGCUAGUUGCUAGUUUAGGGUGUUAUGUCUUACUUAUUACUAGCCACAUUGGUAUAGGUAUAUGAGCAUGAGCAUGAUUGGUAGAAAUAUUUGGCGUAAAUACCACGAGUGAUAUUUGAGACAAAAUCUAAGACAAUUUUGAAAUAUUACGAGUGGUAUUUAUGGCAAAUAUCACGUAUCAAUAUCAAUAUUAUUUGUUUAUACGACUACGCGCAAAGGUUUUGUAAUUUCAACAUGUAGCUAUUUCAAACUAGGCUGAAAUACCACUGCUCUAAGCCAAUGAAAUUGCAGAAAUUUCUCAUAAGCCGAUAUUUUGCGACGCCACCAUUGGUUUUGCUAUCAAGAGUAAUGUGUAUACGGAACUGCCAAAGUUUUCCCUUUUACAGAGUAAUAUCAGCCCUGAGGUUUUAUUGGUCAACUUUGUAUGUGAUACGAUCACAGCAGUUAACUGGCCAUUAAUAGAGAGCUUUAGAUUCUACGACGAGAACGACUACGAGUACCAGAUUGUCUCAAUACUAUGAGAAAACUCAUUACCUGACGAGGGAAUUCCACGUUAAAUUGCACGCGAAAACCGAUAUCGCACGAAUCGCGUGGCAAAACUGAAAGAAAUGAAGUGUCCAAGUGAUAGCACUGAAAGUUUAACGUCUUGAUUGAUAUAAGGUAAGUACCUUGAAAUGUUUUAGAAAUGCUGUUCAACUUCAGCUCUGUUUUGUACUUUUCUAAGUACCACGAUUCAGGACGAUUGCAAGCGGCGUACUCUUUUUCCUGUUUUCAGGGGCCACGUCGUAUUGAAGGUAUUUAUUUCUUGUUUUGUAUAUGUGACAAUCGAUCCUGGCACUUCCUCCGUUGUCGCUUCUCCGUUUUGUUUGGUUGAAAUUUGGCUUGCCAUUUUCUGGGCCGUGUUCACAGGAUUUUCUUGUUUUCUCGUCGUCACGAGCGAAAGAGGAGUUUUAUGCCUCUCCAAGAAUUUGUAGUUCAGUUCAAAACAAGGAAGAACCUCCGGCUCAAAUUAAAAAAAAACGCUCUUGUUUGUCGUUAACUCUUUAAAAGGUGACAAUGGUUUUGAAAACAGUUUUUAAGUAUAUGACAUUGUAGAAAACCUUUUUUGCAGUUGUUGUAUUAGAAUUUGACGAUAGUUGUUACGUAGAUGAGAAACAAUAACGCUUAGCCUCGUUUUUAACUCGCAAUUCCACACCAAAUACCUAGCUUCGUUAACCAAUCAAAAUGCCAGAUUUUACGCAGUUAUGCGAUUCUAAGUAGUACAUGCGCGUAAAGCAGCGUGAUUUUGGCGGGAAAAUGUGGUAGCCUUCGUCAUUCUACUACGAGUUUUAGCGAGAAUGUCGUAGUAGCGGAAACGAGUUAUCAAAUGUUAGAAGUUUUAGCAUUUUGCGAUCUGGAGAGCGCGUAACCUCCUUCACUAAAGGUAACAGUGCUUACUUUUCUGGUGAAACAAAGUACAAUGAAGAAUUCCGGGGUGUCUAUUUUUUGACAAUACGCGAAAAAACUUCAAAUCAAAUCUCUCGUAGUCGUUCUCGUCCUCGAAUCUAAAGGACACUAAUGUGCAUGGCAAAAAAGCUUAAGUUGGGGAGCAAGGAGUUAUGGGAGGGCGCAACCUCGCGAUCCCAUUUCCAGUCUUUACCGAGUUUGAUGUGAUGACUGUUCUCGUGCGCCACGCGCAUUAUUAAGAGAUUGAUCUGGCUCAUAAAAAAAGCAGAUAUGAUGUUUGUCUAACUGUCUUGUUGUUAUAACGCGAGUGUUUGAUUGCGAAGUUAAGAAAAAAGUUACCUUACGUUAUGUCCUUCCGUAGUAAUCGGCAAAUAGUUGAUCUGCCAGUUGGACACCGUUUAACAUCAAACUAAGCGAAGUAUUUGCUCGUUGUUCGAGUUGUUUUUCAAGUAAUUUCAGCAAUUAAUUUUGUUUCUACUUUUAGGCCUACAAUGCCUGGAUAUGAGUUAUCUUCCGCGGACCGAUUAGUAAUCGACAAAAAAAAUUUAUGCCCUAAAUGUGAGGGACUUCUUAGAGAAGCUGUGCAAACAAUAGCAUGUGGUCAUAGGUACUGCAAAACAUGCGUGGAAACGAUUCUUUGGUAAGUACGUCGUGUGAGUCGUCAUUGUCCUAGCCAGCUGAAAUAUCCUUAGCCUACCUCUUAAAGUAAGUAGUUAACUGUAGACAACAGCUGAUAAAUGACCCCUGGUUGUUCAAAAAGGUGGAUAAUGCUAUCCACUGGAUAAAUAACUUUCCAGUGGGCAAAGCGCUUACGUUUCUCUAAUACUUAUCCAGUGGACAGUGAUCUAUCUGGGGGAUAGCGUUAUUCAACGUUUGAUGAACUGGGCCAGGUGAUAAUAAAUUUACCACAGUUAACUGGCAAACAAAAAUCAGAUAAAUACCCGAUAAUCAUGUAUUCUUCGUAUUACUGGUUGAUACACAUUGAUCCCUGUCCCUAAAUUUACAGGCAAGAAGUUGGAAAGUGCAUCAUCGAUGGAUCACAUAUUCAUAGAGAACAGGUUUUCCUUUUUUUCAAUUAUGAGAUUUAUCGUUAGUGAAACCUUCUGAAUACAUUCUAUAGCCUGGAUCCAAACAGGCGCUCUAUGAGCCAAGCGAGAAGAAAGUCGCCUUUCUUGUGCGGUUAUUUUAGGGUCUGUUUACAUGGAGGUGGGGGACCCCAGAUAGGUGAGGUAACACGUGGUGGGUCACCCCACCUAUCAUGUAAAUGUGAUAAAAUUAAUAUGAGAGAUUGUAUGGACAGGCGGGUUACCUCACCUACCUGGGGUCCCCCACUUCCAUGUAAACAGUCCCUUAGUCAGAGAGUCUCAGUACGUAGAGUCUUAGUACGUAUACCUUUUGUCGCGCGCCACCCGGUUCCGUGAUGCUGCAUCCUCAUGCAUCCCCCCGCUCACCCCCUCCCCCCAGCCCAUCUCGAUCCAUUUCGAUUAUCUCAGUUGGAAGAGAGCUUGAAUUCUGAACGGUAGGACGCGCGCUCAGACCCCGACCGACUGGAACAACAACCAAGGUCUCGGUUUGGGUGAUCCCGUCAUUGGGCGGUGACGUCCUUCUUUCUCACUUUAAUUAGAAGGCGACGCAAGACCACUCUCUUGUUCGAAAAGAGUAAAAAAAAGUCUGUCCGUUGAUAUGGUCCACCUCUACCUCUAUCAACACAUGGCCAGCUAGCCACAAGUGACAUAUAUAGAGGAUAUUACACGGUGGCGAGAAGAUAUGAAUUUUAUUUUCGAGUGGCAAAACAAUAUUUUAUGAACGAGCGCAGCGAGUGAGUAAAAUAUUGUUUUUGCCACGAGAAAAUAAAAUUCAUAUCUUCAAGCCGCCGUGUAAUGUUCUUUUUAUUAUAUAGACAAAAAGACAUCGAUAAAAUGAUAGAUUUUUAUUCGGCAAAAAGUAAUUGUGACGGCUCAAAUUUACAGUACAGCGAUAUAAGACAUUGUUUACAAUAAUCUUUAGAAAUACCACUGAGCUGAAUAGGGCUCUACAAUGACAGAAUAAUUAUAAGCAAAGCUUUGAAAAAUGUGUAAUUAAAAUUCAAAGGACGCAAGACGCCUACAAGUUUUGGAGGGAAAUUACCGAAAUUACGUCAUCGAUAAACUCACGUGUGAGAUUAUGGAAAAUAAACCACUCGGGUCCCGGAUGGAGUUUUUAUGAAUUUUACGAGUGGUAUAUUUUCCAGUAAAACACUCGUGUCUAUAUCAUAAAUCACACAUAAAUGGACCGAUACCGGACGUCAGUGGUGCCACUUUACGCUGACGUCCUAUUAUACUGUUAAUAGAGAGAUUUACAAUAACGUUUACCGCAAACUGAUAAACGUCAAUUUGAACUACGUGAUCAAGAUUUUUUCUUAACAUGUCAUUUAGUGUUCAACAAAGCUACCCAUAAAAAAGUAAUUGUAGUUUCAUGUCUAGUUCAUCCACAAAAACUAUUUUGGACAAUUUUUCUCGUUUCAUUUUCUAAUUCAAGAAAUUUUCAACUUGAAUGUGAGGUUUAAGGUUUGUCGUAAACGCGAUUCUAAAUCCCCUAUAAGAUAUCACCCAAGGAGCACACAUAAAGUUGUCUUAUCCGUCACCUUCCAAAUUAUUUGCCAACCUUCUCGUUUACUCUGGAUGGGUCAAGUAGUAACUGUUAAUUUCGUGUCUAAUAUAUGAUAGAAAUUCUUUGUUUCGUAUCACUCUGCAGGUAUUUUUGGACCGCUUUGUCGAGCGUGAGAUUCAGUCACUUUUGGUCCAUUGCAUUCAUCAAGAGAAAGGAUGUGAUUGGAAAGACGAGCUUAGAAAACGAGAGGUAACAACUAAGCUUCUAUAUGAUGUUCAAAUAAGUAAUGAUGUAUACCCACUUCCAGCCCUACUGACAAGGGCGGUCCCAGUCGGGUUAAUCUGUAGCCGUGAAACACUGAAAAGCGGUCACUCGUGAGGCAAAAAAUAUAUUUAAACAUUUUUACCGUACACCCUGUCAUGAAUGUACCAAGAUUGCUUUAAAAGAUUUUUCGUCUUGUCUUCAGGCUAUUCAUUCUAUUAUGGUGCUUUAAUAGACCCUCUGUGAUGCCCGUGCUCGUAUCAGCUGGAUUAUCUAUGAAAUAUGUAGAGAUGUAGAUAUAAUAGACGAGAUAAAGUGGUUUUCAAUUAGGCCGAAGUAGUUUAGGGUGCAAGAUUUACUCCGUGUUUUGGCGCAGGAAUCUCAUCCGCGCGUGUAAGAACAUUAUCGGAGUAAUGAACAAUCUUCAAUUUGACUAAAGAAGUAUAGGGCGCAUGAUUUAAUCCUUGUUUUGGAACAGGAAUCUUAUCAACGUGAGUCAGAACAUUAUCAGAGUAAAGCGAUUUCAAAUUUGGCCCAAGUAGUUUAGUUCUUUUUCAACAUGCUAAUGAAGUCUCAGCCAAUACUAAAUAAGAGAAAACAAAAUAAAAUUACUGUAAUCUUACGCGUCUUUCUUUUAUCGCUAUUGGCAACAAAACAUUUCCUCUGAGUUCCAGGGAUCCUACCUGGACAGUUGCCGAUUCUAAAACACAAUUCCCCGCGUAUUGCUUUAAAUUAUUGUUAGUACUAUCUCGUUCAUCAUUGUCAUAAUUGUCAAUUACGUGUUCUCAUUUGUUAGGAUCACCAGGCUGUGUGUGAGUACGUUCAAGUUCCAUGCGUGCAUUCAGGAUGCGGUGAACUGGUGACUAGAGCAAACCUGGUAGAGCAUCUUGAGAAGUGGUGUCAAUUCAGAAUGGAAAAAUGUGACCACUGCCAAACACUUGUAGAGUUUGCAUUUUUGAAGGUAACAAUAACCCUCACAAAAUUUUUUUUUACCCCUGAGUUGUCGUGAUUUGGGAUACGAUCCUUUUAAUACGUUACUUUAAGCCUUAAAGUAUACUUUUGCGUCUUCCUUUGCAACAAUAAAUUUCCUUGUUUCGAGACAAUUCUUUGGUAUUAACGUCUUUAAGGACCACUCAUUUUUAAUUUCCCUUUCUUCUCACUCUAACCAUUUCUUCAUUCCUCUAACCCGCUAACAACACAAAUCACCAGAAGUCGGUGCCGGUAUUAAGUCUCAUAAACAAGAGAUCUUGUCUUCUUAAUUCAGUACCCAGUUAGCUUGGAUACUUUGUUCACAGUGACCUCUAAACUAGUGACUAUUAAAAUUCAUUAUGCACAGGAUCACCAGGACUCUCAGUGUCCCUACGUCCCUGUGGCUUGCACAGAAUGUGGAAGAAAGGACAUACCUCGUUCUCAGGUGAGCAAACUGAUGUUCACGAGCACUUUAUGCCUGUCAAGCCAACCGAAAACCCGACAAAACCAAAAACGGUGCACUUGACUGCUGUACCUGAGUCUAAAUUCAUUCUCUUUCUUGCUCCGAUAGGUUUUUUUCCUGGUUCUCUGUAUUAGCAAGCUCCAGCUCGAAAAAAAUAAUCCAAAUUCCAAUUUGAUUUGCAUGGAACGCAAGCACUUGUAUAAACGGUUUCUUAGCAGCUAGCUCCUAGAUGUUUCGUGGGUGGCAAAAUAUAAAAAUUCACAUUUUACAUUGAUUUCACAUAUACUUAUAGUUAUAAUGAAAAAAAAGAGACGUUCGAGAUUUAACUUCGGUCGCUAUAUUUAUUACAUCAGAUGCCAGCCCAUACUGAUCCGGUAAAUGGAGACUGUGAGGAAUUACAAUCAAACUGUCCCUGGGCACAAAUUGGAUGCCCUGUGACAAAGGUAUGCAAAUACUUAAGACUACUUAAUAUGCAAAACAGCAAUCAUUUGGUAAUCUGUGGGUGGGUUGCGUGUUAAUCAACGCUUCUCUUCGUUAAUACACUAUUUCGUUUUCGUUUCUUUAGACUAUGAAGCUGCAAGAACGAAGGAAGCAUGAAGAGGAAAAUGCUUCCGGUCACUUGAUGCUCCUUUUUCAGACCGUACUGCAGCUGUUCUCGAUGGUUGGUAGGACCAUGCGGGAAUCUGGACACGUGUCAAUGAAUGGCUUAGAUAUACCAAAACAGAAAGAUUUGGAACGCUAUGCUAAACAAGUUGAGAAUAUACUGAAAGAAAAUGAAGAACUCAAAUCAAAACUGGUUCAGCAAGAAGAAAGAAUAAGGCAACUGGAAAGUUCUAGACAGAACAGGUCAAACUCAGCAUCGGCAUUUGAUCCAACGUUCACCAAGGAGCUUUUACAGAGGUUAACUACAGAAGAAGGAAAGACGGCCAAUCUCGAGCUUUUGCUCGUUGAAGCAAACAGAUUAAAUGAAGAACUUCAGAGAAAGGUGUCUACCGUAACUAGGCAACAGGAGUCUUCGAAUGGAACAACUGAUCGGCUACAAAGACAGUUCGAGUCUAUGAGUCACUCACUAGCACUUCGUAAUGUUAUGCUGACAGAUUUGGACGAAUCUGUGAGGCAGCAGGAAGUCUCCAGUCACGAUGGAAUUUUGCUUUGGAAAAUCACCGAGUUCGCUAAAAAACGGCAAGACGCCGUCUCCGGGCAACAGACGUCAUUUUAUAGCCCGAGCUUCUUUACCAGUCGCUAUGGGUACAAGAUGUGCGCGCGCAUCUAUUUAAAUGGUGAUGGUAUUGGAAGAGGGACACACAUCUCGGUAUUCUUUGUUGUCAUGCGUGGUGAGUACGAUGCAUUACUCCGCUGGCCAUUCAGACAGAAGGUUACGUUCAUGCUGCUGGAUCAGAAUAACGUAGAACACGUGAUCGACUCCUUCAGACCUGACCCAAACAGCUCAUCCUUCCAGAGACCAAGAAGAGAAACAAACAUCGCUAGUGGGUGCCCUACAUUCUGUCCUUUGUCGGAAUUAAACGAUCAUGCCUACGUCCGAGACGAUACUAUGUUUCUCAAGGUCAUAGUCGAUACGACGGAUUUAUAA